AGCCAGGUCAGGUCGUCCCUCGCAGCAACAAAACAUUUUCCGGACGCGGCGCAACCGGAAUCGCCUUCAUUGCUGUUUCCAUAAGAUCGGCCCCCUCUGUUCUGCCUCGUUCCAAACAAAUUAAGGAGCCGGCAUAUAUAAGCCUCGAUUAAUUAUCAAAUCUCUGACACUUUACAUAGAGAACGCUCUAUUGGCAUUUCAGCUAGAUCAAUGGAGGGGCGGGAUUGCGACUCAGCAUCGGAGAGCUUCUCUAAGCACGUCAGUGGGCAAAUGUUCCGAGUCAAUGCCCUCCUUGUGGUGAACGCCAUCCUGAUGGGAGUCAUGGUUGGCACAGGUGCAUACGGCCAUCGCUAUCGCCACCAUCCAUUAACCCGCUACAUCUUCUUGGGUGCCACUGCAUUGUUCAUUCCCAUAAUCUCCUAUGUCCUAUCUGCCAUUGGUAAUCAGAAUGGCAUUAUCCUUUUUGCGCCGCUGGAGAAAUCAUAAUAGGCCAGUGCGAUCCAAGUAGACACAUGAACCUAGUCUUAUUAUGGACUGGCCUUGUUCAAAUGGUUGGUAUCAGCACCACUUUGAUAGUGGUCAGUGAUCCUAGAGAAGGGCGAAACAUUGGCCCAUCUGGGGUACUACUUGUGCAGGCAAUGUGGACUUCCUACCUUAUGAUCUAUAACAUAGGAUUGAAUUAUGAUGUAUCAUCCUACAAUAAUACUCGUAGCUACCUCAAGUGGUCUCUGGUAUAUGCAUUUUCUCUAGAAGGAUUGAAGGUUAUCCCACCAUUUGCUCUCACCUUUGCCAAGUUACUUUUCAAGUGUUUUGCAUGGUACAAGGCCAGAAAAUCAUUAGCAAUUGGAUGCAAUCCUCGUCUUAUUGUUGGAUACAUGGAGGAGCUACAAGACACCGACAUGACAAACAGUUACUGGGAUAUACCUCCCCCACUAAUAGUAAUGGGCGAAGACACAUUAUCUGUGGAUAAGCAGCCUCAUGGUUAUAGCUUUGCCUGAUGCCCAACAUAGGUGGCUUAGUGACCAUUGACAAAGUUUGGCAGCUGGAUGACAUGCAUGAUCUCAAGUUGACAUCACGGCUCAAAGAUGUAUGCCUCUCCUUCGCACUGUCCAAGCUUUUAAGGUGUCGGUUCACCAGGUACACAAAUGAUGAGAUUGGCUUCACCAAAGCUUCUAACUUUUUACGGCAUAUGUUACUCGGGGACAGUUAUGAUGACAGGCUACUUCGACUGGUUGAGCAUGAGCUUUCUUUUCUUCAUGAUAUUUAUUAUUCAUCUCUCGCAAUCUCAUAUUCAAAGAUCUGGAUGCCCCUACUGAGCAUAUUAAUUUCACUCUCAGGCAUCGGUUACUGCUUAGUUUUAAGCAUUCUCAUAGUAUAUGUUCAAAUUGAUUAUCUGAAUGACACGUCAGAUGGACAAUUACCGCUGAUACAAUGCAACUAUCAGUGCCGUCGAUUCAUUAAUGAAGUGCAAGGCAAAAUACCAGCAGUACACCGUCAGUUUUUUGGAAGUGCAAUAUUUGACCUUGUACCGGUGGUUGUACUUAUUGCACUGGUUGUGCUUGCUGAGAUAAGAGAGGUUGCUUCUUACAUUUGCUCUAACUGGACAAAAGUGACCUUAAUCUGCCACUACAUAAACCAUGCUUCUUGGCAGAAAUCUCAUAUGAUGAAGAAAUGUAUUAGACGUGUGUUGCAAUGUAGAUGCAAGAUACUCAAGCAUUUUGAGGACAAAAUGAACCAAUGUUCAAUACUGGUGCUCCACCAAACGAAGACUCCAAUGAGACUUCUUCAUCUUCUUAAACCUGGUCAGAAGGUCAAGGUGCCAAGAGAGGUGAAGGCUGCUAUCAUGAAUGCACUGAGAAGCUAUGAGGGAAGCCGAGACAAUAACCGCAUUCCAUGUUUGAUCACGAGGCCACAAUUCAAGACCGGCGACAACCUCCUUUGGGUGGUUGAUGGCACAAAAGGUAUUGCCAAUACCAUUCUUGUGUGCCACAUCGCCACAAGCAUUCUUGAACUCAGGUCGGCUGGCUCAUGUCAACCUCUCACUGACCAUAAGACCGCUGCCAUUCACAUGUCCCGAUACUGCGCCUAGUUGGUGGCCAACUCUCCUGAGCUACUUCCAGACGACGACGAGUGGUGCAAGAGCUUGUACAAGACCGUCAAGAAGAAGGCCGAGCACAUCCUUUUGCCGGAGUGUCAACAGCUAAAGUGGAGUAUCAGCAGUUGGUGGAGCUGAUGAGCGCUUCACAGAAUCAUGAGGUGCUCAAGGAUGGUGCCAAGCUCGGACAACAGUUGGCGGAGCUGAACCAAGGAGAGACCAACAAGGGAGACGCGCGCGUGUCACACGGCAUCUCUCGGCUCAUCCACCGGUUGAUUCGUAGGAAAU